UAAUUCCCGUCUAUUACUCUUCACUCUCUCACUUCAACACACUCUCUUCUCUUUCUCUCUCCUUUGCGGCUAGGGUUUUCAGUUUCACGGUUUCUCAAACCCUUGUCUUCUUCUUCUCUCUCCGAUCUAAACCCUUACUUUGUAGUACUAUGGAAACAUUGCAAGCAUAGUGUUACAGUUACCGUGUGAAGUGAAACCGAUUCUCGUCUUUUGUUUUUGUUGCUGCUGUUGUCUUUACGAAUAAGAUGGCCACUGCGAAUCCAUUUGAUUUGCUAGGUGAUGACGUUGAGGAUCCUUCUCAGCUCAUCCUGACCGAACAGCUCAAAGCGGCUGCGGCUCCUCUGAAGAAACCUGCCGAGAAGGACCAGGGAAAGCGCACUCAGCAGAAUAAGCCGGCUCAGCUGCCUUCUAAGCCGGCUCCACCCGCUCAAGCUGUGAGGGAAUCCAGGAAUGAAGGAGGUCGCGGAGGCCGUGGUGGACGUGGAUUUGUUGGUGGACGUGGCGGUGGCCGUGGUCGUGGUUUUGGCCGUGACUUCUCAAACGACGAGAACUCAUUCACUGUCUCCAGAGCUCCUGAUAGUCAGGGUGCUCUUGAAGGAGAUAAGUUCUCUGAGAGACGUGGCUUUGGUGGACCUCGACCUCCCUAUCGUGGAGGUCGUCGUGGAGGUUUCAGCAAUGGUGAAGGUGGUGAAGAAGGGAGACCUAGAAGGACAUUUGAACGCCAUAGUGGCACUGGGAGAGGAAGCGAAUUCAAACGUGAAGGUUCUGGACGCGGUAACUGGGGGACAGAAACUGAUGAAGUUACCCAGGUGACUGAUGAAGUUGUGAACGAAGCUGAAAAGAAUUUGGGUGAUGAGAAGCCUGCUGCUGAAAAUGAUGUUGCUGACGGUAACAAGGAUAAUCCUGCUAAUGAAGCUGAAGAAAAAGAGCCGGAGGAUAAGGAAAUGACUCUGGAGGAAUAUGAGAAACUGCUGGAAGAGAAAAGAAAGGCUUUGCAAGCACUCAAGACUGAAGAAAGAAAGGUUGACAAGAAAGAGUUUGAAACUAUGCAAGCCCUAUCGUGCAAGAAAGACAAUUUUGAAAUCUUUGCUAAAUUGGGCUCUGAUAAGGAUAAGCGCAAAGAAGCUUUUGACAAGGAGGAGAAGGCCAAAAAGUCUGUCAGCAUCAAUGAGUUUUUGAAGCCAGCUGAAGGUGAAGGUUAUUACAACCCAGGUGGACGUGCUAGAGGACGCGGCGGCCGUGGUACAAGAGGAGGUUUUGGAGGUUAUCGUGGAAAUUCAACUAGCAAUGUACCCGCCCCAUCCAUUGAAGAUCCUGGUCAUUUUCCAACCUUGGGUGCCAAGUGAACACUUUUCGCAUAUUACUUUUAUUUUCAAUUUUGGUAGUGAACUUAAAGCAGGAAAGAACUAUGCUAAUUUAUUUCCUGUAAAUUUUAUUUGAUGGUUUAAAGUGUAAAUUUAGGUUCUUUGUUCCAUUGUUUAUCCCCGUUUGCUUUGCUUUUACUGCAAUUGACAUGUUGGGGGAUAAAAUGGUGGCGGGUAAGACAAUUGUUGUCGAGUUUUCUUUUCUUUAUAGAUGACAUCUCAGUUUUGCUUCUAA